GCAAUGGGUGGUGCUCCGCCUUCAGCAGGUGCGGGUGUGGGUGCAGGUGUAGGUGCACCGUCGCCAAUGCCACCACCUAUACUGCCGGUGCCUCCAUGUAAAAACCCAAUCUUCCCAAAACAGUCUGGUUUCGUAACGAAACCAUAACCGAGCUCAGCCAAGAGAACGAAGAAUAUGGAUAACAAACGAAUGGUUUUCUUUACCAUCUUCACAUGCACCAUAUGUUUCUGAAACUAUAUGGUUCGGAGCAAACGAAGGAUGCGAUGUGGGAUCGUAUCGAGGAGAAGUUCUUCACGGAGAUGAACAAGGACGGCUCCUACCGAACCCGGGACCAACUCACUUCCAAAUGGAGCCACAUCAACCGUAAAGUCCGAAAGUUUAUCGGAGUUUACGAGGAAUGCUCCCGGUCCCGGAGGAGCGGUACGAACGACGCCGAUGUUCUCCGGCUUGCCACGACUCGGUAUCAAGACGACGGGCACCAAGGUAAGGUGCCCAUCGAUCUUUGGAGGAUUUUGAGUCGUUCCCCGAAGUGGCAACAACUCAACAAUCCCGACGGCGGAUCAUUCCGGAAAAGAUCCACCGUCGAUGCCGAGGUUGAGGUCGACGAGACUAUCGGUUCUACCGAUCAAAUCCCUCCCUUCAACGUUGUGGAUUCCGAUGACGAGGACCCCAUUCCACGACCGAUCGGAAGAAAGAAGGCAAAAUCCAUUGCCUCUAGUUCGGGAGGGUCCGCCUCUGUUUCCGCUUCUCCCCGCGACGAAAUCGGCCGGGCAAUGAUUGGACAACUUUGAGCGUUCAAUCUCCAAGAACAAGAGAGGUUGAAGCUAAAGGAGAAGGAGUUGAAGCUAAAGGAGCAGGAGGCCGAGAUGAAAGUCAUGCAAACCGACCCCGCGACGUUGUCGGAGUUUGGACGAAUGAUCUACGAGCAAAGAAUGAGAGAGAUCAAGGAGAAAUAUAAUUUACCUUAGUCUUUUUUAUUAAUGUAUAUUUAUUUAAAUUAUUGUCGCUUUUUUUAUUUAAUUAAUGUAUUUUUUUAUUAUUCAUGUUUCAAUUUAAUUAAAUAAUAAAUUAAUUACAUUUUAUUAAUUUAAUUUUAGAAAAUGUAUAUUUAAAAAUGUAAAAAUGAAUGUUUGAAGCCCAGUUUGAAGCCCCGGGGCUUCAAAACCAUUUCCAGUAAAUUUUGGGUGUAAGU